UUUUUUAACUUUUCGUCAUUGUUCGUUUUAAAUGUAAAAUUCUCGAGGUUCACGUUGUUUUUUAUUGCGAAAGGAGUCGAACAGGAAAUCGUGUUUUGCUGGUUGGAGACAGGCCAGCCAAGAUGGCGGAGUACUUGGCGUCGAUUUUUGGGACAGAGAAAGACAAAGUAAACUGCUCUUUUUACUUUAAAAUCGGUGCCUGUCGACAUGGAGAUCGCUGUUCGAGAUUACACAAUAAGCCGACAUUCAGCCAGACCAUUGCCCUCCUGAACAUUUACCGCAACCCUCAAAACAGUGCCCAGUCUGCUGAUGGCCUCACCUGUGCCAUCAGUGACAUGGAGAUGCAGGAGCACUAUGAUGAGUUUUUUGAGGAGGUCUUUACAGAGAUGGAGGAAAAGUAUGGCGAGGUGGAGGAAAUGAACGUGUGCGACAACCUCGGAGACCACCUGGUGGGGAAUGUGUACGUGAAGUUCCGCUGCGAAGAGGAUGCCGAGAAGGCAGUGAUCGACCUGAACAACCGGUGGUUCAACGGGCAGCCCAUCCAUGCUGAGCUCUCCCCUGUCACGGACUUCAGAGAAGCCUGCUGUCGGCAGUAUGAAAUGGGUGAAUGCACUCGAGGUGGUUUCUGCAACUUCAUGCAUCUGAAGCCCAUCUCACGCGAGCUGAGGAGGGAGCUGUACGGACGUCGUAGGAAGGGGGGCCGUCACAGGUCCCGCUCACGCUCCAGAGACCGACGAUCCCGCUCGAGGGACAGGGAUAGAGACAGAGGCAGAGGGGGCGGCCGUGACCAUGAUAGACGCCGUUCCAGGGACAGAGAGCGCUCGGGACGCUUCUGAGCCACACAACCAGAACUACUUGCUUCCUUGUACCAUCCUCACCAUUUUUUUUAAGUUUGUAACCUCCUGUUCCGUGUGUAUUGUAGGAAGAAUGGCGGCAGAUUUUUGAAGCUGUGACAGCUAUAACUUGUGUUCUGUACUUUCACCCCAUUAAAAUUUUUACAUAACGUGA